UUUGAAAUGUGAUGUGUUUGCCUUGAAACACAACGUGUGUAUGUGUGUGUGUGUGUGUGUGUGGAUGAUAUUUUCAGCAUUAGUUUACAUAAAGAGUCCAAUCGGAGUUAGAAAUGUUGUAAUAUCUCAAACUAGCAGUGUGUUAGCUCGGUCCUUCACUUUUUGAUCCCCUAUUUUGGAGGAAAAUGUUUUAUUUUGAAGUUCCAAUCAAACCUGAACUGCUUUUAUUUUGGCAAAAGUGGUGGUUUAAAAAUCCAUCCCACAAGAUGCAAUCUGAAGUGUUUUGUUCUAUCUAGAAAAUUAAAAGUAGUGACCAUGCAGAGAGAGAGUGUGUGUGUGUGUGAGUGUGUGUUUGUGUCUGCGUGUGUGUGUGUGUGUGUGUGUGCGCACAGAGACAGGUGCUCGGUCCCAAAAGACAGGUGCUUGUGCUGGUGACUAUUUCCAGCUCAUUGUUUAAAAGCUCCUGGUGGUGAUCAAGUUUUUGUCUCCUUAGGAGAAGCUUGUGUAUCUCCUGUCUGAGCCGUUUAAUGCUUAUGUCAAUGCACCGCAUGGGCCAAAAGCCGUCAUCUAUCAGAAGGCUUUACUUUGGAACAGUACUCUAUUUUUCACUGGGAGGGGUCAUUUCACUUCACCCUUCUCCCCCGGUACUCAGAGGCUUUGAUCCCAGAGACAGACUGCUUUUGUGGGAGAUGGCCCAAUAGCAGCAGCCCGUGAUGCCGGACCAUGACAGCGACUCCCUCCUGAACAGACAGACCAAGCGAAGACGUGUGGACAUUGGUGUGAAGAGGACCGUGGGCAGCGCAGCCUCUGCCUCAGCGACAACAACCACUGAUAACAUUGCGCGCGCCAAAGCAGCCAUUUUUAGUGCCAUGAACUCUUUGAGUGCCCACUCUCACCACGGGUCAGACACCGACUCCAUGGAGUGCUCUGUGGUGCAGCCGCACGGGGGGCCUGGCGUUGUAUCAGCCAGUGACAGCGAGUCAAAGUCCAAUGUGUUGCGGAAGCUACUGAAGAGGGCCAACUCAUAUGAGGAUGCCAUGAUGCCCUUCCCUGGCACAACCAUUAUCUCCCAGUUGCUCAAGAAUAACUUAGCUAAAAACGGCGGAGGACCAGAGAGGGGGGAUAGAGGUGAGAGAGGUGACCCGGGCUUCCCUGGAUCAGGGCUUUCCACUACAAGCUCAGAUGCACACCAAGAAGACGCCUGCAGCAAUUCCUCUCAAGACAGCACCCCUCAGGAAUGUUUGUCCCCGUUUGGCCGGCCCCCUGGCCUGGGGACCUUCGACAUGGAGCGUCUCAACGAUGAGCACCUGCGCGCCAAGCGAGCUCGCGUGGAGAACAUCAUUCGUGGUAUGAGCCACUCCCCGAGCGUUGUGGUACCUGCGUCUUCCCGCCACGAACGUGAGCACGAGAUGGACAGGGAUCGGGAAAUGGAUCUGGAGUGCCCACCUCCUCAGUCUCAGCAGCAGGCCCCCGGCAGCCCUCGGGUAGGUGAGGUGUGCAGCAGCAGCAGUCGAGAGAAUAAGCGCAAGCAGCGUCUGCCCCAGCAGCAGCAGCAGAGCUUCACCCAGCUGGUGUGUCAAAGGAAAGAGCAGAAGCAGGAGGAGCGGAGACAACUGAAGCUCCAGCUGGAGGACAUGCAGAAACAGCUACGCCAGCUACAGGAGAAGUUCUUUCAGAUCUAUGAUUCAACAGACGACUCUGAACACAAUGAUCUGCACAACGACCUCCACAAUGACAUAGGAAACCUGUCAGAGGACAGCCCGGUGAGGUCCGACAAUGGCGGUGACGAUCGGGGAGGAGAUGAUUUGCGCUCUGACAAUGAGAUGUCUGACUUGGAUCCAGGCCACUUCCUGGAUCGGGCACGGGCGUUGCUUCAGGAGCCGGCUCUGCUGGGGGACGGGGAGAAGCCAAGGAGAGACGGAAUUGGCCGGAGCAAAGGUCAGGGAGGUCCCGGCGCCUCCAUGCACGCUGAAGGUAAACAGCUGGCAGAAACACUGAAGCAGGAACUCAACUCAGCUAUGACACAGGUGGUGGACACUGUAGUGAAGGUGUUUGCCAAGCCUCCACGGCCCACACCCCAGCAGGCCUUCCCUCCACUUUCCUUACCCCCUGAAAGGUUCUCCGCUGCAGUCAACGGGGACAACCCCAACUUCCACACCACCAACCAGCGGCUGCAGUGCUUCGGUGAUGUCAUCAUUCCUAAUCCGCUAGACUCCUUUACCGGCAUCCCCGGCAUUCCAGGUGCUGCAAACGACCAAACCGAGGCGCUGCCGUUAGUCGUGAGGAAGACGCCCAGCGAGCACCACCACCAGUCCUCUGCUGUGGGUGCCCACGGUGGUCACCACCACCCGUCUCUUCACCCCUCUUCACUCUCUGCCUCGAUGGGUUUCAGCCCCCCAUCCUUCAGACACCCGUUUCCCCUGCCUCUCAUGGGCUACCCUUUCCAGAGUCCCCUGGGUGCACCCACAGGCGGCUACCCGGGCAAGGAGCAUUCCUCGCCAGACUCCAUGGAUCUGUCCCGGGAGACGACCAGCCUGAGGACCAAGAUGGCAUCCGGGCACCACCUGGGGCACCACCAUCGUUCUUGUUCACCAGCGCACCCUGGCAGCACAGCAGAGGGCCUCUCCCUGUCACUUAUCAAGUCCGAGUGCAGCGACCUUCAAGACAUGGCUGACAUCUCGCCAUACUCAGGCAGCAAUAUACAGGAGGGUCUCUCCCCAAAUCAUCUGAAGAAGGCCAAGCUGAUGUUCUUCUACACCCGCUACCCGAGCUCCAACAUGCUUAAGAUGUUUUUCUCCGAUGUCAAGUUUAACCGCUGCAUCACCUCCCAGCUCAUCAAGUGGUUCAGCAACUUCCGGGAGUUUUACUACAUCCAGAUGGAGAAGUUCGCCCGGCAGGCCAUCAACGACGGCGUGGCGGGCGUGGAGGAGCUGAGCGUGAGCCGUGACUGCGAGCUCUUCCGAGCCCUCAACAUGCAUUACAAUAAGGCCAACGACUUUGAGGUCCCCAAUCGCUUCUUGGAGGUGGCGGAGAUCACGCUGAGAGAGUUUUUCAAUGCCAUCGUGGCGGGCAAAGAUGUGGACCCUUCCUGGAAGAAGGCCAUCUACAAGGUGAUCUGCAAGCUGGACAGCGAGGUCCCUGAGAUCUUCAAGUCUCCCAACUGUCUCCAAGAGCUUCUACACGAGUAAACCCGAUUUGUGCUCGCUCCACAACACUUUGCGCUUUUUUGAUUUUCUUCAUGGAGCAUUAUUCUCUCUUGAUCGACUUCCCCCACUUUAUUGCUUUCGUUUUUUAAAAAUUUCUUUUGAAAGUUAUGAAGUAGCAUUCCCGAUUUGAAGCCUCGGCGUCCGUUCCUCCAUGACGUAGUUCUUGUGUUUGUUUUCUUCUAUGAGAAUUUAUUAUUAUAUUGGUUUUGCUUUUGCUCCUGAUGAACUGAGAAGAUGUUUUUUUGGGACCGCUUGACUCCUCAUCCAUUUGGCCUGCUGUAGGAUCAACAGACUCGCAUUGAAGGAAACAGCCUGUGUUCCGUAGCGAGUUCCAUGCGGUCCAUCCGAUGAACUGGCCCCGCAAAGUGGGCGCCCCUGAGACUGCUGUCCCCAACUGGACGAGCGAGGAGGUAGACUGGACUGUAGUCUAAACUGGGUCUUGGACUGGUUUCAAAUAGCUACUGACCUCUACCCUGUUUUGAAGUGCUUUCCCUGCAAGUGGGGCAUUGUGUUUAUUGGGUGUACAUUUUUAUUUGAUCAUGGAUAUUUCCGUUCUGUAUGAUGAUUUUAUGAUUUGUCACCACCGCUUUGCUGAAAGUUGGCACUUGAAGAUUUGUUUGUCCCCUCUAAUUAAUGCCCUUGCAGACAAAAAUAAAUUAUUCCUA